CCUGAACGCACCACCAUAGUUGCAGUCAUUCAGAGCUUCUCUCCUGCAGAACAACAGCUACCUCCUGUCCUCAGAUGCUGCACGAGACACAAAGUCCCUGGAUAUGAAUGAAGCUUUCUAACAAAGAGCCAUAAAAUCUACAUGGGAGGGGGGCAGUGUGCACACAGAUGCUUUUUACAUCCUAUAGGCUGGUUAUGUUAGAGAACUCACAUCAUAGCGUCAUUACUGGCUGCACUCGUUGAGCUGUAAAGUGGGAACGAGCAUGCUGAUAAGAUAAGAUGGACAUGUAUUAAUCCCCAUGGUGAAAUGCAGAUGUUUAAACAGUAGUUUCAAGCUUUCUAACAAAGCGCCAUCAAUGGGAGGGGCACAGUGUACACACAGAUGCUUUUUGUAUCCUAUAGGCUAGUUAUUCCAGAGAAUUCACUUCAUAGCAUCAUCACUGGAGCUGUAAUGUGGGAAAGAGCAUGCUGAUAAUUAGAGGCUCUCAUUCCCAGGGUCUUUUCUCCCCAUGUGACCCUAGUUUUUGAGCCCUAAACUUGCACCAUGACUUCUUCGGAUAACGAUGAGGCCGGCAGCGAUCUGUCCGAGUCUCUGGAGAUCCGGGAGCUUCAGGAUCAGUAUUUGGAGCCGGAAACUAGCUUCAAAAAGUCUUGGAGCCUUCCCAUCCUGAACGACACCUGUGUGGCCCUGGAGGAAAGUGCAGAUUUCCAUUUAAGGACCCCGGAGACCCCCUCUUCCAGGACGGACUUCUCCCCGUCUGCCUCCAGCAUGUUGGGGUUAAGUAGCUCUGCACCGGGUAAAAAAAAGAACCUGGGAUUCUCCCUCAGUCGCCUCAUCUGCACCCCGGUUAGAAAAUAUGUUCGGGUCAUUCUGAGGGAUUCACGCUGCUUCCUGUUCUGCAUGUGCUACCUGACCUUCAUCCAAUCACUGAUGGUGUCCGGAUACCUGAGCAGCGUCAUCACCACCAUCGAGAAAAGGUACAGCCUCAGGAGCUCUGAAUCCGGUCUCCUCGUCAGCUGCUUCGACAUCGGCAGCCUCCUGGUGGUGGUCUUCAUCUCUUAUUUCGGGGGUCGAGGUCAGAGACCCCGCUGGCUCGCUGUGGGCGGCGUUAUCAUCGCGGUGGGGGCGGCUUUAUUCUCCCUGCCGCACUUCAUCUCUCCGCCCUAUCAGAUCCAGGAGAUGAACUCUUCCAUGGGGAGGGGAGGCCUGUGUCAGAGUGGGCUUAACGGCACCGGGAGAGAAAUGGACGCGGGGUCGUGCCCCAGAGAUCAAGAGGGAAACGAGCACAAUCUGUACGUCACUCUGUUCAUCGUGGCUCAGAUCCUGGUGGGCAUGGGGUCAACGCCCAUCUACACCCUGGGACCCACGUACCUGGACGACAACGUGAAGAAGGAGAACGCUUCGCUCUACCUGG